AUGUCUAUCGACAAAGCUGACCAUGGAGGCGAGACACUCGUGCGUCCACCUACCCAUCCGGUUCCCCAGCUUCAAAAACCAUUUGAAGAGUCAAUGGUCGAAUCAGUCGAUGACCUAGCCGAUCACGAACUGCCCAUGGAUGCCAUGACUAGAAGAACGGUACUCCUCGAAGGAAAAAGCUACGAAAGAGUGAUUGCUGGGAGAUGGAGGCAGAAACAAGGGGAGAAAUAUCAUCCUCUGUGGAAAUUAAUUGCGCAGAUGUCUUUUGGCAUGCACUUGUUGGCAAAAAGCAUGGCUAUCUCCGAAGAAGAAGUCAUGCGCAUUCUCCAGUCUCACGUCGACGAUAUUGACGGCUUUCUGGAACGCACGACGGAAGAUUUCGAUCUUGCUCAAAGCGACAUUCAUGAGCGAAUACGAUGUCUCAAAUUGCCCCUAUCCCAUGGUGAGGUCUUUGACCGUAUGCUGGAGGAUCGUACCUUUCGAGCCUCGAUUUUGGACGGCAAUGAGAAGAUUGAACACGUAAUCAGCCGGACGAAGAGAGCUACAAAGGAUGCCCUCAAAGAUGUCCAGAAAGGCUUCGAUGCCACAAAUGUCCUGGAGAAAUACCUUUCAAAACUCAACUCUACUUGGAAAAGGGAUUCAUCAGAGCACGAAGCUGUCCUCGUUGCCAUGCUAGGCAAUGCAGAAGGCUGGCGCCGGGCAUUCCUCGAAUUGCACCUGCAGGGCAACAAACUGAUAGGUUCGUUGAAGAAGUUGGCGGAGGUCGUAGCGGAAAUGGAGCGUAGAGCGGCCAUUGUGAGUAGGAAUCUGGUGGUAAGUGUAUUCGUCUUGGAUUUUAAACCAUGUGCUGAUAAGCAGGAGGCCCGGGCUCAAAAAUCGAGACAUAUAAGCUUUCAGAAGAAAAGUCAUACCCUUUCACAGAUGGGCUCUAUCGCUAGUCAGAAGCCGCUGCCGACUGAGCCUGGGCGUCAUCAUGGGUCGAAGAACUCCUCUCACAGCACUCAACUUUCUGGACUGUCAAGUCGACCAGAUAGCCGCCAUGACUCUAGUCGAGGAGCCACAUCGCAUUCGUCUCUCGGUCCUGGGUCGCGUCCCUCCACAGCUUCGAAAAGGCCUGUCAAACACGAGCUCCACAACCAGUCUUUAAUCGGGGCCAACAGUACAAACGAGUCCCUUGCAGCGAAGGAUGAUGAUAUCAGACGGAGCUUGAAUGGGUAUGUCAAGCAAGCAGGCGACAUCCACCCGAUCGAGCUCCCAGCCGAUGUGCCAGAAAAUGUGCUUCGACAAGCUCCUGUAUCAAUCAAGAACCGUCUCAGUAUGACGCUCGGUCUUAAACCGAAAGACUAUUCGGACCAUCGAAUAUCCAGUAUCUAUUACCCGAGGGCAUUGGGUGACCUCCUGAAGACCCGACCAAUGUCAGGAUUGUUAUUAACACCGCAAUCGAUGUCAGCCAAAGGCACAGCCGUACAUGCGGUCAGCUCUCCGGCCGCCAUGUCUUAUGCUGAGACAGAUUAUUACUCUUCUCAUGAGAGGAGUCCUUCGAUAGGAGUUGUCACUCCAGAUAAUAGUAGCGGGAAAGAAACGAAUUUCAACAAGGCGUCUCCACGAGCUACGAGAUCUUCAACCCUGGGAUCUGUCGCAGCCUCAGCCUCAGUGACCCGCCGCUCAUCGAUACCGAACCUUGCCUUCACUUCGCAUUCAGCUGUAAUGGCAAUGGCCGAUCCUCCAUCAGAGCUACCCGCAGAAUCACCACGAGAAGAGAGCAUUGCACCAUCAGAGGUCCGGAAACUUUCACAAUCACAACCUUCAAGUUUAGGUGAGCCGGGCCCUGAGUUCACAGAUGGCGCCACCAACAGGACAAGGUCAGCUUCGGAUCCUGUCUUGCUAGUUGAUACAUCUGUAGUUAGCAUCUCGGUUGUGCCCGCCUCCGCCGAAGAAGAGACGUUCGCUGCGGCAGGGCAGCAGGCUCAGAAUUCCACGUCCCAGGAAGAGGAAUCAUCCAACAACCGGACCGAGGCUGAGACCGCUACCGCAGUCUCGGAUACACCAGAUCAAGCAGAUGUCGCUCACACACCAGCACAUCUGAGCGAUAAUGACAUGGAAAAGAUUGGUGCUGAUGGUCAGGUAGUCCCACUUGCAACGGCACCCGAAGAGGCAGAAGGCUCACAGAGGCAAUUUGUGGCGGAACUGGAGGCUGCCGUUCCUCGAUCCAGCGUUGUACCUAUUCACAAAGAUAUUGGCCCGGCUGAGCUGGAAGCAGCACCACAGCAAACUUUCCGAUUGCCUCCAAGGCCAACAGCAACUACCAAAAAUCCAGAGAAGGAAGUUCCCCGUGCCAGCAUCCACAAUUUAGAGGACUUCUUUAAGCUCCCUAGCGCAAUGACGCUCGAACCAGGAACGAAGACGAAGAAUUUUGGUAGCGUGAAUUUCCAGGAACCAAUUGGCCCUUUGAAGUUGGAGUUGGCAAAGAGAGACGGGAAAAUCGUGCCUGUGCGAGUCAGUGAUCGAACGGUCAAUGAUACGGCUGAAAGUGCCUCGAAUCUCAGGCUCAUGACUGUGGCGGACAUCAUUGAGACAAUGUCGCACACGCCCCCGGGUUCGCCUAUUCAUGCCAGAUCUAAUUCUUGGGCCUCGACGAAUUCAGCACAACGGUUGUCGCAUCGGUCUUCGCAGUCCCUUGGACCGCCAGCGCAAGCACGACCUCCACCAGCGCCUGGUGGCCGGUCGAUGGUCGAUCCGGAUUUUGCAAGCGCCGGACAAUUCGACGGUGAGCGUAAGCAGAGGAAGAAAAGCACAAUCGGAGGCAAAAGUGGUUGGAAAACAUUUUUCAGUGGUGGUGGUGCCGCGGCCGUUGAGCGGCCGAGCAUAUCGAUAGCAGCAAGCACAACGGUGAGCGAUGCUCCCAUCAGACCUCGACCGAGUUCUGAGGCCGUUCCUCGAGCCCCUUACAUGCUUGCGGCAGCAGGAAAGGAGGUACCCUGGUUCAAAGGGACCAUAAAAAGAAAAUCGAGGAAGGGAAAUUCGUUGGCUUAA